AUGGCACGCAAAGCAAUGGAGGUGUUCAAGUGCGCUAUGCGCGAUGGCGAGACAACCCAACGUUACGGUACUCGUUACCAAAACUUGGUGAUUGAUGCCGGCUUGACCAAUUGCGAUGUGUUGGCCAUGUUGUUCCUUUUAUCUUUGCCUGAGGAUGUACAAGAAAGGGUGCUCAUGUCGUUUUAUGCUCGUCCUGGUAAUGAGGAUCGCUUGCCUGACAACCUUGAAGAGGUUAUUAAGCUUGCUGAUUCCAUUACAAUUACGAAGAAACGCACGCACAAAAACUCUGGUUCCAGUUUCUCGCAUCAUAAGAAGCAUAAAGCUUCGAAGCAGGCUGGCAAGGACGGGUCUAUUUAUUGUAUCCAUUGCGAUGACGAAGGUGACCACGUCUCUGAGAGGUGUGACAAGUUGAAGAAGCCAAUUGUAGGUGCGAAAUGUCAUUAUGCACAUCAUUCCUACAAGCCCGGUCACUCUUGCCAUGCUUCAAAAGUGGAGAAGGCCAAACUUCGUGCUGAGGGCAAGAUGCCACCACCAAGACGCCACAAUUCUCGCCGUAACGAGAACAACGUGCAGAGUUGGAAUGCUGUUGAGUUACUGGUGUUAGCCGAAGUGGUGUAA